CUACUGCUGACUAGGCACCCCUACCCACUAUAAAAGAGGCAGCUCUGGACUUGUGCAUAAGGUGAUAGGCUCCCAUCACAGCAUCUUGCAACUCCACCAGAGACUGUGCCAUUCAUUCUUCUUUGGAGCUUGGUGAGUGUCCACUAAAGUGCCAUCAUGAGCACAGACGCAGAGAUGGCGGCCUAUGGCAAGGCCGCUCUCUACCUCAGGAAGUCAGAGAGGGAGAGGAUUGAGGCACAGGCUGCUCCAUUUGAUGCCAAAACAGCCUAUUUCUGUGUAGAUGAGGCUGAGAUGUACGUCAAGUGUAAACUUACGAAGAAGGAGGGUGGCAAAGCCACAUGUGAAACUGACGGUGGAAAGACUGUCACUGUAAAAGAGGAUGACAUCCAUCCAAGGAACCCCCCAAAGUAUGAUAAAAUUGAGGACAUGGCCAUGAUGACCCACCUCAACGAGCCCUGUGUGUUGUAUAACCUCAAAGAGCGUUAUGCAUCCUGGAUGAUCUACACCUACUCUGGGUUGUUCUGUGUCGUCGUGAAUCCCUACAAGUGGCUUCCUGUGUAUGAUCCUGAAGUUGUGGCAGCAUACAGAGGCAAGAAGAGGGUUGAGGCUCCACCCCACAUCUUCUCCAUCUCUGACAAUGCCUAUCAGUUCAUGCUCACAGAUCGUGAAAACCAGUCUGUCCUGAUUACUGGAGAAUCUGGUGCCGGAAAGACUGUCAACACCAAACGUGUCAUCCAGUACUUUGCAACAAUUGCGGCUCUUGGAGCUAAGAAGGCUGAGCCAACACCUGGAAAAAUGCAGGUUAAUUGUUUUGUUUUUUUAAAUACUGUUUCUCAGAGGAAGGUUCAUUUUAAUUUCUUUAGCUCAUGUACCUCAUAUCUCCUCUUGCAGGGCUCCCUUGAGGACCAGAUCGUUGCUGCCAACCCUCUGCUGGAGGCCUAUGGUAAUGCCAAGACUGUGAGGAAUGACAACUCCUCUCGUUUUGGUAAAUUCAUUAGGAUCCACUUUGGCACUACUGGCAAGCUGGCUUCAGCUGAUAUUGAAACUUAUCUGCUGGAGAAGUCCCGUGUCACCUUCCAGCUGUCUGCUGAGAGGAGCUACCAUAUCUUCUAUCAGCUGAUGACUGGCCACAGGGCUGAUGUUCUGGAGGCUCUUCUGAUCACCACCAACCCCUAUGACUAUCCAAUGAUCAGUCAGGGUGAAAUCACUGUCAAAAGCAUCAAUGAUGUGGAGGAGUACGAUGCUACUGAUAUGGCUAUUGACAUUUUGGGCUUCACCCCUGAGGAGAAGAAUGGCAUUUACAAGCUGACUGGAGCUGUGAUGCAUCAUGGCAACAUGAAAUUCAAGCAGAAGCAGCGCGAGGAGCAGGCCGAACCUGAUGGCACUGAGGUGGCCGACAAAAUUGCCUACCUUCUGGGCCUGAACUCAGCCGAUAUGCUGAAAGCUCUGUGCUACCCAAGAGUCAAGGUCGGAAAUGAGAUGGUGACCAAAGGUCAGACCGUGCCACAGGUCAACAAUGCUGUCAGUGCUCUGUGCAAGUCCAUCUAUGAGAAAAUGUUCUUGUGGAUGGUCAUCCGUAUCAAUGAGAUGCUGGACACAAAGCAGCCAAGACAGUUCUUCAUUGGAGUGUUGGAUAUCGCUGGAUUUGAGAUCUUUGAUUUCAACAGCUUGGAGCAACUCUGCAUCAACUUCACCAAUGAGAAACUGCAACAGUUCUUCAACCAUCACAUGUUUGUCCUGGAGCAAGAGGAGUACAAGAAGGAAGGCAUUGAGUGGGAGUUCAUUGACUUUGGUAUGGACUUGGCUGCCUGCAUUGAGCUUAUUGAGAAGCCAAUGGGCAUCUUCUCCAUCCUUGAAGAGGAGUGCAUGUUCCCCAAGGCCUCUGACACAACUUUCAAGAACAAGCUGCAUGAUCAGCAUCUUGGCAAGACCAAGGCCUUUGAGAAGCCAAAGCCUGGAAAGGGCAAGGCUGAAGCUCACUUCUCCCUGGUUCACUAUGCUGGUACAGUGGACUACAAUAUCAAUGGCUGGCUGGACAAGAACAAGGACCCCCUGAAUGACUCAGUUGUUCAGCUCUACCAGAAAUCUUCAAACAAACUGCUGGCAAUGUUGUAUGCCACUCACGGUGCAGCCGAUGAGGCUGCUGCCGGUGGCAAGAAGGGUGGUAAGAAGAAGGGUGGUUCCUUCCAGACUGUGUCUGCUCUCUUCAGAGAGAACUUGGGCAAGCUGAUGACCAACUUGAGGAGCACUCACCCCCAUUUUGUCCGUUGCCUGAUUCCUAAUGAGACAAAGACCCCAGGUCUUAUGGAGAACUUCUUGGUCAUCCACCAGCUGAGGUGUAACGGUGUGCUGGAGGGCAUCAGAAUCUGCAGAAAGGGCUUCCCCAGCAGAAUCCUCUACGGUGACUUUAAGCAGAGAUACAAAGUAUUGAAUGCUAGUGUCAUCCCCGAGGGACAGUUCAUUGACAACAAGAAAGCUUCAGAGAAGCUGCUGGGCUCUAUUGAUGUGGACCACACUCAGUACAAGUUUGGACACACAAAGGUGUUCUUCAAAGCUGGUCUGCUGGGUACCCUGGAGGAGAUGAGAGAUGAGAAACUAGCUGAAUUGGUGACCAUGACUCAGGCUCUCUGCAGAGGAUAUGUCAUGAGGAAGGAGUUUGUUAAGAUGAUGGAGAGGAGAGAAUCUAUUUACUCCAUCCAGUACAAUAUUCGUUCAUUCAUGAAUGUGAAGAACUGGCCAUGGCUGAAACUGUACUUCAAGGUCAAGCCUCUUCUGAAGAGUGCUGAGACUGAGAAGGAGCUGCAGCAGAUGAAGGAGAACUAUGACAAGAUGCAAACAGACCUGGCUGCUGCUCUGGCCAAGAAGAAGGAACUGGAAGAGAAGAUGGUUUCCCUGCUGCAGGAAAAGAAUGACCUGCAACUGCAAGUGGCAUCUGAAAUUGACAAUCUAGCAGAUGCUGAGGAAAGGUGCGAGGGGCUCAUUAAGAGCAAGAUCCAGCUUGAGGCCAAACUCAAAGAGACAGGGGAGAGACUGGAGGAUGAAGAGGAAAUGAAUGCUGAGCUGACUGCCAAGAAGAGGAAACUGGAGGAUGAAUGCUCUGAGCUGAAGAAAGACAUUGAUGACUUGGAGCUCACCUUGGCUAAAGUGGAGAAGGAGAAACAUGCCACAGAAAACAAGGUGAAAAACCUGACAGAGGAGAUGGCAUCUCAAGAUGAAACCAUUGCCAAGUUGACCAAGGAGAAGAAAGCCCUCCAAGAGGCCCACCAGCAAACACUUGAUGAUCUCCAGGCAGAGGAAGACAAAGUCAACACUCUGACCAAGGCCAAGACAAAGCUGGAACAGCAAGUGGACGAUCUUGAGGGAUCUUUGGAGCAAGAGAAGAAGCUCCGCAUGGACCUUGAGAGAGCCAAGAGAAAGCUUGAGGGAGAUCUGAAACUGGCCCAGGAAUCUAUAAUGGAUCUGGAAAAUGACAAGCAACAAUCUGAUGAGAAAAUCAAGAAGAAGGACUUUGAGACCAGCCAGCUCCUCAGCAAAAUUGAGGAUGAACAGUCUCUUGGUGCUCAGCUUCAGAAGAAGAUCAAGGAACUCCAGGCUCGCAUUGAGGAGCUUGAGGAGGAGAUUGAGGCUGAGAGGGCUGCUCGUGCUAAGGUGGAGAAGCAGAGGGCUGACCUCUCCAGGGAGCUUGAGGAGAUCAGCGAGAGGCUUGAAGAGGCUGGUGGAGCAACAGCUGCUCAGAUUGAGAUGAGCAAGAAGCGUGAGGCUGAGUUCCAGAAGCUGCGUCGUGAUCUUGAAGAAUCCACCUUGCAGCAUGAAGCCACCGCAGCAGCUCUCCGCAAGAAGCAGGCUGACAGUGUUGCAGAGCUGGGUGAGCAGAUUGACAACCUCCAGCGUGUCAAGCAGAAGCUGGAGAAGGAAAAGAGCGAGUACAAGAUGGAGAUCGAUGACCUCUCCAGCAACAUGGAGAAUGUUGCUAAAGCAAAGGGCAACUUGGAGAAAAUGUGCAGGACUCUUGAGGACCAGUUGAGUGAGCUCAAAGCCAAAAAUGAUGAGAAUGUUCGCCAGCUGAAUGAUGUCAACACACAGAGGGCCAGACUGCAGACAGAGAAUGGUGAGUUUGCCCGCCAGGUUGAGGAGAAGGAAGCUCUUGUUUCCCAGCUGACCAGAGGCAAGCAGGCCUUCACUCAGCAGAUUGAGGAGCUGAAGAGGCAUGUUGAGGAGGAAGUGAAGGCAAAGAACGCCCUGGCCCAUGCUGUUCAGUCAGCCCGUCACGACUGUGAUCUGCUCAGAGAGCAGUAUGAGGAGGAACAGGAGGCCAAGGCUGAGCUGCAGCGUGGAAUGUCCAAGGCCAACAGCGAGGUGGCUCAGUGGAGAAGCAAAUAUGAGACUGAUGCUAUCCAGCGCACUGAGGAGCUAGAGGAGGCCAAGAAAAAGCUUGCCCAGCGCCUGCAGGAUGCUGAGGAAUCCAUUGAGGCUGUGAACUCCAAGUGUGCCUCUCUGGAGAAGACCAAGCAGAGGCUGCAGGGUGAGGUGGAGGACCUCAUGAUUGAUGUGGAGAGAGCUAAUGCUCUGGCUGCAAACCUUGACAAGAAGCAGAGGAACUUUGAUAAGGUCCUGGCAGAAUGGAAGCAGAAGUAUGAGGAGGGUCAGGCAGAGCUGGAAGGAGCUCAGAAGGAGGCUCGCUCUCUCAACACAGAAAUGUUCAAGCUGAAGAACUCCUAUGAGGAGGCUCUGGAUCAUCUGGAGACCAUGAAGAGAGAGAACAAGAACCUGCAGCAGGAGAUCUCAGAUCUGACUGAACAGAUUGGUGAGAGUGGAAAGAGCAUCCACGAGCUGGAGAAAGCCAAGAAGACUGUGGAGACUGAGAAGUCUGAAAUUCAGACAGCACUGGAGGAGGCUGAGGGCACACUAGAGCACGAGGAGGCCAAAAUUCUUCGCGUUCAGCUUGAGCUCAACCAGAUCAAAGGUGAGAUUGACAGGAAGUUGGCAGAAAAGGAUGAGGAGAUGGAGCAGAUCAAGAGGAACAGCCAGAGAGUGAUUGACUCCAUGCAGAGCACUCUGGAUUCUGAGGUCAGGAGCAGAAAUGAUGCCCUCAGAGUCAAGAAGAAGAUGGAGGGAGACCUGAAUGAGAUGGAGAUUCAGCUGAGCCAUUCCAACAGGCAGGCCGCCGAGGCCCAGAAACAGCUGAGGAAUGUCCAGGGACAGCUCAAGGAUGCCCAACUGCACCUUGACGAUGCUCUCAGAGGACAGGAAGACAUGAAGGAGCAGGUUUCCAUGGUGGAACGCAGAAAUGGCCUGAUGAUGGCUGAGAUUGAGGAGCUGAGAGUUGCUCUGGAGCAGACAGAGAGGGGCCGCAAAGUGGCUGAGCAGGAGUUGGUUGAUGCCAGUGAGCGUGUUGGACUGCUUCACUCUCAGAACACCAGUCUUAUGAACACCAAGAAGAAGCUGGAGUCUGACCUUGUCCAGGUUCAGGGUGAAGUAGAUGAUGCUGUCCAGGAAGCCAGAAAUGCUGAGGAGAAAGCCAAAAAGGCGAUCACUGAUGCUGCCAUGAUGGCGGAGGAGCUGAAGAAGGAGCAGGACACCAGUGCUCACCUGGAGAGGAUGAAAAAGAACCUGGAAGUCACAGUCAAGGACCUGCAGCACCGUCUGGAUGAGGCUGAGAACCUAGCCAUGAAGGGUGGCAAGAAGCAGCUCCAGAAACUGGAGGCCAGGGUGCGUGAGCUGGAAGCUGAAGUUGAGGCUGAGCAGAGGCGUGGAGCUGAUGCUGUAAAAGGAGUCCGCAAAUAUGAGAGGAGAGUGAAGGAGCUGACCUACCAGACUGAGGAGGACAAGAAGAAUGUGAACAGACUUCAGGACCUGGUGGACAAGCUGCAGCUCAAAGUCAAGUCUUACAAGAGACAGUCUGAGGAGGCUGAGGAGCAGGCCAACACUCACAUGUCCAAGCUGAGGAAGGUUCAGCAUGAGCUGGAGGAGGCUCAGGAGCGUGCUGACAUCGCUGAGUCCCAGGUCAAUAAGAUGAGAGCCAAGAGCCGUGAAGCUGGAAAGUCUGACAGCGCCGAGUAAAAAAAAACAUCACCUGGAGACUUUUGACAGUAUUCAUAAAAUAUGAACUUGCUGUUGAAUUGUCUUGCAAUGUCAAUAAACUGUAUAUAAAAAUAUUGA